CAAAGAAAUAAUAUAUAAAUGUAAUCUGGAAACAAUAUUUUUGUUUUCACUCAACAAGACUUCUAAAAAUAUUUUGUUGUGAAUUUAAACCCACCUUUAGGUCAAGGACAUGAUGCUAGAGUUUAUUUGGCUAUGCAUAAGAAAACAGGAGAAAUGUUUGCUCUUAAAGUUCUAACAAAUUUAUCAUAAGACCAUAUAAUAAAUCUCCAGGUUUAAUUAUAAUUUAUUUAGCGAACGAAAUACAAAUUCUUAAACGCAUUGAUAAUGCAGGAGUAGUUUUAUUGAAAGGAUAUGCUUAAGAUUAUACUUGUGCAUUAUUAGAGU